GGCGCUGGGAGGGGAAAGAAAGCAAAUAAAAUGUGAAUGUAGAUUUGGACAGCAUGGAUAGUGAGUAAACAGGCUGCCAUAUUCAGAUAGUUCUGAUAUUUUUCUGCAGGACACAUGACUGAGAUGGCUGUUCGCAGUGUCCUUGUUACUGGAUCAAACAGAGGAAUUGGCCUGGAGCUGAUUAAGAAGUUCAUAAACAGAUCACAGCCUCCUGAAUACAUAUUUGCAACAUGUAGAGAUCCCAAGGGCCCCAGAGGAGAGGAACUGAAUAAUUUGGCUUCCAAACACUCCAAUGUGGUGCUGCUUCAACUUGAUGCCACAGAUGCUGAUAGCAUCAAGAAAGCUGUAAGCACAGUAGAAACGCAAUUGAAAGGAGAGGGGUUAAAUCUGCUAAUAAACAAUGCAGGUGUGAUGACUCAUGUCGACCUUGAUAAUGUUGGCUCAGAAGAUAUGAUAAAUGUGUACAAAACUAAUGUUGUUGGGCCUCUGCUUAUAAGCCAGGCAUUUUAUCCUUUGUUAAAGAAAUCUGCAGAUUUACAUGCCAAUGAGCCUCUAAGCUGUCAGAAAGCUGCUGUGGUGAAUAUUUCCUCUUUGUUAGGAUCGAUUGAAAGUCAAACUUUUACCUUCGACCCAGCCAAACAAGUGAUUUCAUACAGAGUCAGCAAAGCAGCCUUAAACAUGCUUACUCGGUGCCAAGCAGAAGGAUACAAAAAGGAUGGCAUCCUGUUUUCAGCCCUCCAUCCAGGAUGGGUUAAAACUGACAUGGGAUCAGAAAGGGCUUUACUGACUACAGAUGAAAGUGUAACUGGAAUGAUGAAGGUCCUCAACUCUCUUUCUGAGAAACAAAAUGGAAUCCUAAUGUCAUGGGAUGGCAGCGCUAUUCCCUGGUAGAAGCUUUGGUUGACCAUUUUUGACAUUGACUGCAAUAGAUACAACUACAAGAAACCUCCCCAAACAUCAAAGACAAUGGGACAUCUGUUAAAAAAAAAAAAAAAAACUAACUUUUUUUUUUAUAAUUCAAAUAAAAAAACAAAUAGACAAAGUA